AUGAGAUAUCUGUUGCUCUUAGCAUUAUUACUUUAUGACAUUGCAGACGCUGCAAGACCCCAUAUUUACGACUACGAUGACCCAGAUAGUAUCAAAGCGCAUUCCUUGCUUGAUGAAAGGCGAAAUUGGAGAAAGAAGGCAUUGUUGAAACCAUUUGAACACAAAGACUUGGAUGACAGACGAUAUGAACACGACGUUCUCGGGUAUUUGGACGACUUGGACCCUAAGCAUUAUGUCGCGAACGAUAAACGACGAGAGAUGGAUCCCUCAGAGACGCAGUACAAAGAACAAAGGCGUUAUGAAGACGCAGAUAAUUUGAAUAUGCUACCGAAAAUAAAAACGGAAGUAGGGCACAAUGCUCAUGUCAUAUCAAAGGGAAGUGAGAAGAAAAUGCCUUUUAUAAUGACGUGCGACAGGACGUACGAAAGAUACGAGCCAUGCUUCGCUGGAUGUGCAGCGGUUACAUGCGACAACCCCCGCGAGAGGCUCCGUCCCUGCUACCCCUUUUGUGAGCCGGGCUGUGUCUGCGUGCCGCCCUAUGUGCGCGACGACCGCACGCACAAAUGCGUCCUCCCCGAAGAAUGCACAAAG